GCGUGUCAUUAUUUAAGCCAACCAAACUAUUUCCUUUUUCUUCUUCCAUAUUACAAAUCCUAAGAAAUUGAAGCUAGCUUAUUCCAAGAUCUUCUUUAACAACGAAAAUGGCGUCCAUGUCUUCUCUUUCAACAAUGUUUUCUACAAAGUCAGUAGUAGCUCAGCAGCAAUCUCCUCCAGUGGUACUAUUCAGUGGUAAUACUAAUCCUUGUUCAUUAAGUAUGAAUGUUAGACCAAAGAGAUCGAAGAGAGACUCAACGGUGGUUGCUGCAGUUGGAGAUGUAUCUGCUGAUAGCACAAAUUACCUUGUUGCUGGUGCAGCUAUUGUGGCUCUAAUUGGAACAGGUUUCCCUAUCCUCUUCUCUCGCAAGGACACGUGCCCGGAAUGUGAUGGGGCAGGUUUCAUUAGGAAGGCCGGGGUGACAUUGAGAGCAAAUGCAGCAAGGAAGGACCAGGCUCAAAUUGUUUGUCCUCGUUGCAAUGGACUUGGCAAGCUCAACCAAAUUGACAAAUAGAAAAAAUUGGCUCUCUCUCUUUUCUAACCCUUGCAUUUUCUCUUUUGUAAUGUUAUUCCAAUCAAAAUCAUGCUGUUGAACUCCCUUUUAUGUUUGUCAUCUAUAUGUACUGUGAUCUCUGCAAUUGUCAAUCUUUGAGUUAUUAUACAUAUGUAAUUUCAUUGA